AUGCCUUUCUCCAGCUACAAGAUGAAAGAAUUUGCAACAAGCUGGAACUUCGAAAUCAAAACAUCAAGUCCGAGGUAUCCGCAGUCAAAUGGCCAAAGUGAACGUUUCGUCAACAUUGUCAAAACAAUGUUCAGGAAAUGUACUGAGGAAGGAUCUGAUCCUAAUCUAGCUCUGCUAGGAUACAGAAACACUCCUAUCACAGGUUUGCCGUACUCUCCAGCCCAGCUGCUCAUGGGCAGAAAAUUGAAUGAUCUAGUACCAACAGAUCCCAAGAUGUUAAAACCACAACUACCUGUUGAUGCUCCAUACCUGCUUCAGCAAAGAAAAAUAGAGCAGAAAAAACACUACGAUCGACACACAAAGAGUCGUCCAGACCACCACGUGGGAGACAGUGUGCGAGUGCACACAGGAAGAUCCAAUAAUUGGGAAAAGGGAGUCGUCACCAGUAUGAGCCAAGCACCUCGAUCUUACUACGUCACAACAGAAGAUGGUACAACAUGGCGACGAAACUCCAGAGUCAUCAAUAAAAGCAAACACACUCCUGUUAUCAACGAACCAUCUAGCUUUGAUGAAGACGAGCACCAGUCAGAGCAACAACCUCAAGGGAGACAAACCAACAACCAAUCUACAACGUCCCAGGUCGAGUUCCCAAACUCACAACCAAGGGUCGAGCUCCCAUGCGCAUCCUACAACAAUACAACACACUACAAUAGACCUGCAUACACUAUUAGGUGUGGUCGUGAGGUGAAAAUGCCAAAACGUUACCCUGAGUAG